AUGGACAUCGACGCCGACAAGCAGCCUGUGACGAAGUCGGGGUGGAGGACGCCGGCGUCAAUGGUGCUGGUGCAGCUGUUCAAUACGGGAAUGAUUUUACUGUCCAAGGUGUCCAUCGGCGAUGGCAUGUUCAUCUUCGCGCUCCUCGCCUACCGCAGCCUCUUCGGCGCCGCAUUCAUCCUCCCCUUGGCGCUCCUCUUCGAGAGGGGGAAAUGGAGGGAGAUGGGUUGGUGCGCCAUGGGAUGGAUCUUCUUCAAUGGAUUCAUCGGGUACGUGGUGCCAAUGAGCCUAUACUUCUACGGCCUGCGUGAUACAACGUCAUCUUAUGCCGUCAUUUUCCUGAACAUGAUUCCUCUUUUCAGCUUCGCCCUCUCGCUCAUCUUCAGAUUGGAGACGUUCAGAAUCUUGAGCAUAGCUGGAUCACUAAAGAUUGUAGGCGUUCUGCUCUCUGUUGGAGGCACGAUGCUCAUCAGCCUUUACAAGGGCAAGACGCUGCAUCUCUGGAAUCCCAUCCUGGAGCACCACCACAAGGAACAGCAGACGGCUGAGGUUGCAAGCAAUCAGCUAAGAGGGACAAUAUUAUUGCUAGGCGGCAGCUUCACAUUUGCUUGCUGGUACCUGAUUCAGUCAAGGGUUCUCAAGGUGUAUCCAUACAAGUAUUGGUCCUCCAUGGCGACAUGCUUGUUUGGAGGAUUUCAGACAACAAUAAUUGGAAUAAUAUUAAGAAGGGACAAGAAUGCAUGGAAGCUAGGAUGGGAUCUUAACCUUGUCACAAUCUUGUACUCGGGGGCACUUGCAACGGCAGCGAGAUACUGUCUUAACUCAUGGGUAGUGGCUAGGCGAGGCCCAUCAUAUCCUCCGAUGUUCAACCCAUUAUCUGUGGUAUUCACGAUUGUGUUGGCCUCCAUCUUCAUAGGUGACGAUAUUACAGUAGGAAGCCUGCUCGGCACAGUGACGGUAAUUGUUGGCCUCUACACUUUCCUAUGGGCAAAAUCAAAAGAUGUACCGGAAAAAUAA